ACCGCGCGGUUGGCGAUGAAUAAUACCAACCGGUUUGGGGAAGUAUACUCUUUAAAUACCGUUCGUGCCAAGUUAAAUAUACCAGAUGCAGGGUGUUUCCACCGCUGAAGGGACUGCUUGUGGUUGCCGUCUCCGCUAACUCAACGGGGGUGUGGGCACACUGGGCAAGGCGUGAAAAUAAUUAUUAAAAACAGCUCUUUGUUGUUAUUCUGGUUUAUUUACGCCUGCCCCGCGACGUUGGCGUUGUUAAUUAUAGCACACACCUGCAGGCCCGCACACAGCCACACAGAGCACGGUCACCGGCACGGGCGAGGGGAGGCCCACGCAGAAUGUGAGAAGAUGCGCAUGCGCGGACGAAGAUUGCUUCCGCUUAUCCUGUCGCUGCUCCUGAUCGUCCUGCUGAGCCUGUGCUACUUCUCGGGCCACCUGCGCGAUUCCAGCGAGUCCCCCGCGGACCAGUUCCUGCUGCACCUGCCCGCCGAGGCGGAGGAUGAGCCAGCUCAGCCACAGCCGCAGCCGCAGCCCCUGUCCAGGCCAGCCAAUCCUCUGCUGAAUCUCACGGACUUCCAGUACCUGCUGGCCAGCAAUGUGUGCCGCACGGCGGAAAGGGAGCUCCUGGCCGUCCUGAUAGUCACCUCCUAUGCCGGGCACGAUGCCCUGCGCUCGGCCCACCGCCAGGCCAUUCCGCAGAGCAAGCUGGCCGAGAUGGGCCUGCAGCGGGUCUUCCUCCUGGCCGCGCUGCCUGCGCGCGAGCGGUUCAUCAGCCAGGAGCAGCUGGCCAGCGAGCAGCGGCGCUUCGGGGACCUCGUCCAGGGCAACUUCGUCGAGGACUAUCGCAAUCUGAGCUACAAACACGUCAUGGGCCUCAAGUGGGCCGCGCAGGAGUGCAGGCACCACGCCAAGUUCAUCAUCAAGCUGGACGACGACAUCAUCUACGACGUCUUCCACCUGCGCAGGUACCUGGAGGCCCUGGAAGUGGGCCAGCCCGGACUGGCCACCUCCAGCACCCUGCUGUCGGGCUACGUGCUGGAUGCCAAGCCGCCGAUUCGCCUGCGGGCGAACAAGUGGUAUGUCAGCAAGAAGGAGUAUCCGCAUGCCCUGUACCCCGCCUAUUUGUCCGGCUGGAUGUACGUGACCAAUGUGCCGACGGCCGAGAGGAUGGCCGCCGAGGCGGAGAGGGCCGCCUUCUUCUGGAUCGACGACACCUGGCUGACGGGGGUGGUGCGCACCCGCCUGGGCAUUCCGCUGGAGCGGCACAACGACUGGUUCUCCGCCAACGCGGAGUUCAUCGACUGCUGUGUCCGGGAUCUCAAGCAGCACAGCUACGAGUGCGAGUACUCGGUGGGACCCAACGGCGGCGACGACCGCCUGCUCGUGGAGUUCCUGCACAACGUGGAGAAGUGCUACUUCGACGAGUGCGUCAAGCGGCCGGCGGGCAAGUCGCUCAAGGAGACCUGCGUGGCGGCGGCCAAGUCGCGGGCGCCGGAGCACGGUUUGGCUGAGGUGAAGCCACUGCGGCUGAGGUGACCUCGCAGCUCCCAGACACGGACACAUUGGCCCACCAUGCCACCAUUGCCACCCUCCACCGGCGAAGCCAGCUCAGUAACUAGUAUUUAAGGACUUUCAUGUGCAAGAGCCCCGAGCGGUAUCUCCGAGGAGGGGAUACCGUCCUCCAGUGACUCACACUAGCUUGUAGCGUAGCCUAGGUAUUGCAACCUGGGGUGACCCAGGGAUCUGUCCAAGCCGAAUUCCCCGAAACACUUCAAGAACCCUGCAAAUUCGGGAAUAUGGGAGGAUCUCUUGGGCACCUCGGCAUAGUAUGUCCCGGAAAUGCAGGAAUUUGACUUUUUACUUGUUUUCUUGAUUUACAUUGAUUUGCACAUUGUGAAAAUGACCAUUUCCUGCAAAAGUAUUCGAUCUUCAAGAUUAUAUGGUAGUGAGAAGCAUGUAUUCUGAGUUUCAAAUCCUUUAACUAUUUAAUUUGUUGUGAAAAUCUCGAAUUGUAUACGAUGGCUUUUGUCAUUCCAUUUGAGAACAUAUAAUCUUUAUUGUGGCAAUUUAAGUAUAUAUACCUGCAGCCGCAAUAUCAAACCAAUAGUGUUGGUGAAUUCAGUAAUAUUAUAAGCAGAAUAGUAACCAUAUUGUAACAACAAAGUUUUCGACUUGACAGACUCCGUCCUCAUCAGAUCGUUAGAUCCUAAUACUUGUAUAGCCAUUAAUUAUGAAUAAAGCCCGCAUUUAUACAUUAUAAUUAAAACAAUUAAAUAAAGUUUAAAAAAACAA